AUGUACCAAUCUGAAAGACUUCACACUCUCAACCGUCGCCUGCAAAGAGAAGAAGCAAUAAUCGCAAAAAAGGUUUUUGAAAUAAUUUGCUUCAGAAAAUUAGGGGCGAUACAGAAACUGGACACUUUUCUGGCUGAGGCACCGAGUAUUGAUACUGAUGACGAGCCGAUGCUGAAAGAGGUGAUACAUGAGUUGAGAAUGACAAUGGAUUUCUUCAGAGAUGAGAAACCGGGAGAGAGGAGCAGGCUAAGUUAUUUGCUAGCUGACUUUGCUGAGAUGGCUCAAGUUUCAGCGGAUUUCAUGGACACAAAUAUUAAUGAGUACUUUUUCGAAGAUGAGAUCACCGAAGUCUUAGAUUGGCUGAGGAAGACAAAAAAGCGGAUGAUGGAGUUUGGAGCCGGUGAGGGCGUGAGUACACUACCACAAAGUGUUGGAGGCGAAGGUGUCGUGGUGGGCUUGGAGAAAGAUUUGCAGAAGCUUAUUGGUAAAGUAAUUCUUAAAGACGACUCGGGCCUUGUUACUUCGUGUGUUAAAGGCAUGACUGGUGUUGGUAAGACAACUCUUGCCAGACAAGUAUACAACCAUGUGGCCGUCGUUGAAAAAUUCAAGCAUCGGGCGUGGGUAACCAUUUCGAAUAACAUGAGUCUACAUGAGGUGCUUGUGGAACUUAUACAGCAAUUGGUGGGACUUGAUGGAGAUUCGUUGUUGCGGGAGGAAAUGGACAACCGGAGUCUUCAACGCUUGCUUCAUCAGAACUUGGAAGCAAUGACAUAUUUCAUAGUUCUCGACAACGUGCUGCAAGAAAUGCGCAUGGAUUCCAUCUUCCAUGGCCUUCCGAACAAAGCUUUGGAUUCUGAUAAGAGCUGGCAAUUGUUUUUGAAAACAAUUGAUAAAUUUACAAGUGAAAAGAACAAAUUCUCAAAGGAUUUGGAGAGGAAGGGCAAAGAGAUGUUGAAAAAAUGUUGGGGUUUGCCGAUGGCAAUAAUAGAUGUUGCAAGGCAGAAAGCAAAACAAAGACUUUCGGGGAUUGAAUGGGAAGAACUUUUUGAUUCAAUUGAUUUGAGUGAAUCAUUAAAGAAAUUGGAACCGAUGUAUGAUGAAUUGGAUGAAGACUCUCAAGGCAUGUUUCUUGCAUAUGUCCUUUUUCAAGGAAAAUGCAAUAAUGAGAGAAGAAAAGUUGGAACAGAUUUGGACUGCAAGUGGACAAGAUGCUCGAUAUGGAAGAUUUUGGGGUGA